AAGGUUUUCUCGGAUUCGUUUGGUUUGCCGUGGAGGGCUUGGUUUACUGAGGUUGAAAGUCUCUGUCUUUGGAGUCGAAUUCGAUAAUGGUGGCAUUUUUUUUUGCGAAUAGUCUGCAAAAUAUAUGGCCCUUUUCGAUUUUGGAAAGCAGUGACUUGAAGGAAUCAAAGGAGCUUGUUCAUAGACUUUCAUUGCCUGAGAGUACAAAGAACUUUGUAUUUGCUAUUAGAGUCCCUGAGCAUGAUUCAACUAUUUACAUACUUGCUGCUCAGAAUUUAUCCGAGAGAUCUGCUAGUGAUGCCGAGUGUCUUAUACGGGAAAUUCGUCCUGGUGCUGUUGUAGCUCAAGUGGACAAAACAGCUUUUGGGGAAGCUCAAGUUGAAGAGAGUGUAUUAGGAGAUGGCUCUAGUGAUUCAAUCCCUACAUCAGCUUUUAAAGUUCUUAUACAGUGUUUUGUAGACAAGGUUAACAAAGAAAAGUAUGAAGGUAUUGCAGGGAUUGUGGUUUUGAGGGAGAUUUUUGGGACAAGUUUUAAUGGUCAUUUAUUGGCUGCCAAAAGGGUUGCUGGGGAGGUUGGUUCGUCGUUUAUGGUACUAGAAUCUCCUUUUGUCAAUAUCGCUGCCGUGGAAGAUGCAGGGGGCAAGAUGCAAAGUCUAGCUAAUAGUCUCGUACCACAACUUUCUGGCUCUACUAUAUUUUCAAGCUCGCGACGGUUUCUGAUAACCAAUGAUGUCCAGGCACGGAUGCUGAAGUUGAUAUCUUUGCAGAUGAAUCAGGUCAAUAAAGAACUUAGCCCAUCAAGUUGUGUUGCAAGUGGAGUUUCCAAUGAGAUACAGUCCUGUAGUCAUGAGGUUCCACCAUUUGCUCAAUCCAUUUAUCCAUUGCUUGUUGACCUUCAUGAUAUAUUCAGUGAUCUCCCAUCUAUUGGGAAAGCUCUAGCCAAUGCCAGAAGAAUGUUUUCUGAUGUAAAUAGAGGGGAGUCUAUGGAUACAGGGGUUAUUUCUGAAGUUUACCUUUUUCAGAUUGCAGUUGAAGGUCUAAGAAUUGCUUUGAACAAUGCUGGUCGGCUACCAAUCAAGAACAUGGGAAGUUCAAGCCGAACCGAAGUUCAGUUUUCACAGCUCUCUUCUGAAGACAAAUCUUAUGCACUUAUGGCAGAUCUUCUUCGUAGCCAGGCUAAAAAGUUCAAGAAUAUAGUAGCAAUAGUAGAUGCAUGUAGCCUCGCAGGUCUUAGGAAGCACUGGAAAACUUGUGUUCCUCAAGAAGUCAAAGAUAUGUCUGAGAAUAUGCUACAAGAUUAUGAUAACGACGAGAAGACUAAUGAUUCAAAGUUAAAACGACUGUUAUCUGAUAAACCGGUUGUAGCAGUUGGUGCCGGUGCGACUGCUAUUUGGGGUGCUUCUUCACUAUCCAAGGCCAUUUCUGCUUCUCCUUUCUUCAAGAUUGUAACUUUUAAAGUCCCGGCAUCAUUGAACCUCUUUGUGACACAUACCCAUAAGGCAGUGACAUUUGCAUUUACCAAAGUGGCGGUUCCAUCAAAAGCAAUGGCCCCGGGUGUUGCUAGUUCUGGAGCCAAAUCAACAUCUUUGAUAAAAGCAUCUUUAUCCGCCGAGAAAAUCAGAGCAGUAACACAUAGCAUUAUAGCUUCUGUAGAAAAGACAAGUUUAUCUGCCAUGAGAACUGCAUUCUAUGAGAUCAUGCGGAAAAGACGAGCAAAACCUAUUGGUACCUUACCAUUGGCGACAUUUGGAGCCAGCCUUGCAACUUGUGCGGGAUUGUUCGCCUAUGGAGAUGGGAUCGAAUGUGCAGCUAUGUCUCUUCCUUCAGCUCCUUCGAUAGCAAACUUGGGUCGAGGAAUUCAAAACUUACAUGAGGCGUCUCUGGAAGUGAGAAUGAGAGAAGGCAACAGGAUACAGAACGCAAUCGAGUCCCUUAGACAAAGACUGAAGAAAGUCAAGUUUUAACGAAGAAGAGAGUAUCUUUUAUACUUUCACUUAAUUCUUUCUUUUAGCUUACUGUAUAUAUACAUACUCUCUACAUGUUUCGUGUUCAGCUAAUGGUUUGGUUUGCACAUGAUCUCUAGAUGGUCACAGAAAAUAGAAGCUGGUUUCAUUAGUAUGUUACUCAUUUCCUCUUUAAGAUAAGGAAGAAGCAUCAAUAGAAUCGAUUGAUUAGU